CUCCAGGGCUAAUGAAUGUGGUGCCUCAGACUCCAGUUCCAAUUUCAGUGUGGGAGGGGCCAGCAUUUACCUCCCAGAAUUAAAACCUGCCGGGCACCGCUCUAUUCUGCAUGUAAAGCUGGGGGAGAGGGGGACAGGACUCAAAGCUUCUCUCUCUCUGUCUGUGACUCUCGGGUCAGGGUUACCGGUGUGUCUUCACCAGCACUGGGCUCAACUGGACUCAACUGGACUCAGACUGGUUUAGAACAAAGCUCCGGAUUGAAGAUGAAGAUGUUCUACAUAUCGACGCUGCUUCUGAUUUCUUUUGCAACCCUGGAUGCCCGGCCGCAGACGUCAGGCUUAGUACAAAAAUGUAAAUCUGGUCCCAUGGAUCUGGUCUUCAUAAUCGAUAGCUCAAGAAGUGUCCGACCAUUUGAGUUUGAAACCAUGAGAAAGUUUAUGAUUGACAUAAUUAAUCCGCUAGAAGUUGGCCUCAGCAAUACCAGAGUCGGGGUGGUUCAGUAUUCCAGCCAAGUGCAAAAUGUCUUCUCUCUCAAAACUUUCUCCAACAAGUCCGACAUGGAAAAGGCCAUCAAUGAAAUCAUCCCCCUGGCUCAAGGAACAAUGACCGGACUGGCAAUACAAUAUGCCAUGAAUGUCGCUUUCACCGAAGAGGAAGGAGCCCGACCUUUGUCGAAAAAUAUCCCAAGAGUCGCCAUCAUUGUGACCGACGGGAGACCUCAGGAUCGGGUUACGGAAGUGGCUGCUCAGGCUCGGGACACUGGCAUUGAAAUCUACGCUGUUGGAGUACAGAGAGCUGAUGUAUCUUCUCUGAGAACGAUGGCCUCACAUCCCCUUGAUGACCAUGUCUUCCAUGUAGAAUCAUUUGAUCUUAUACAACACUUAUCCAUCCAGUUCCAAGACAAAUUAUCAUGCGUUGACAUGUGCACUGAAAUGGACCAUGGAUGUCAGCAUAAAUGUGUUAAUAUCCCCAGCUCCUAUUACUGUGAAUGUAACGAGGGCUACAAACUCAAUGCAGAUGGGAAGACCUGUUCUUUGAUCGACCUCUGCGCUCAAGGAAAUCAUGGCUGUGAACAGAUCUGUGUCAGCUCCCCAGGAUCCUACUCUUGUGCAUGUCGGGCAGGGUACCAACUCAACGAGGAUAAAAAGACUUGCUCACUGAUAGAUCUCUGCUCUCAAGGAGAUCAUGGCUGUGAACAGAUCUGUGUCAGCUCCCCGGGAUCCUACUCUUGUGCAUGUCGGGCAGGGUACCAACUCAACGAGGAUAAAAAGACUUGCUCAAUGAUAGACCUUUGCUCGCAAGGAAAUCAUGGCUGUGAGCAAUUGUGUAUCAGCUCCCUUGGUUCCUAUUCUUGUGCUUGCCGUACAGGGUACCAGCUUAACAAUGAUAAAAAAACCUGCUCAAUGAUUGACUACUGUUCAUACGGCAAUCACAGCUGCCAGCACGAAUGUGUGAGUAUACUGAACGGAUAUUAUUGUCGCUGCAACGAGGGUUACACUCUACAAGCUGACGGCAAAACUUGCUUAGCUGAUGACAUGUGCAACGUCGUGGACCAUGGAUGUGAAUUUAAGUGCGUCAGCACCCCUGGAUCUUACUACUGUAUUUGUCCAGAGGGCCAGGAACUUCAGGCGGAUGGAAAGACUUGCAACAAAUGCUCCACUGGUUACGUUGAUUUGGUACUUGUGAUUGAUGGUUCCAAGAGUGUUCGACCUCAGAACUUUGAGCUGGUAAAGGAGUUUGUAAUAAACAUUGUGGAUUCGCUGGCCAUCUCUGCACAAGGAACACACAUUGGUCUGGUCCAGUACUCCAGUCGUGUUCGAACAGAAUUUUCCCUCGAUCAGUAUAAAAACGCCCAAGAUAUUAAGACAGCUGUGAAAAAUGUCCAGUAUAUGGAGAAAGGCACCAUGACCGGCCUAGCACUGAAACACAUGGUGGAGCAAAGUUUCUCUGAGGCAGAAGGAGCAAGAAAAAACGUACCCAAAAUUGGCCUGGUAUUCACUGAUGGACGUUCUCAAGAUGAUAUCUCUGAAUGGGCUAAAAAAGCAAAGGAGGCUGGCAUCACCAUGUACGCUGUGGGUGUCGGGAAGGCCGUCGAAGACGAAUUAAACGAAAUUGCUUCUGAACCCGUCAACAAACACUCCUUUUACACGGCGGAUUUUAGCACAAUGAAUCUUAUUGCUGAGGAUUUAAAACUUAACAUAUGUCCAGAGGAGAUUAAAGGUACGACAGAGACGAAGAACCCCUGUGACUGCGAGCACCUCGUCAGUUUCCAGACAAGCACCAUUACAAAGCUUGAGAGCCUUUCGGAACAACUGGCUCAGCUGAAUGCACGGCUCGAUGAUCUGGAAAACGAGCUGGUCAGCAAAAAAUGAAACAACGAAGGCGAAGACGUCCAUGUGACUUUCCCGAGGUUGAGCAACAUCCCAUAGUAGCCUUCAGAAGAAGACAACCAAGUACAAGCCAGGUCCGAGCUGUAAAACUAUCCAUAUUAUAAAUAAAUGUGAAUAGAUUGUUUAUUAUUAAUAUUAUUAUUGUUACUACUUGUUAUUAGAGGCUUUGGCCGGAAGGUGGUGAAUUUAUAGUAGUAUAUAGUGUUAGGGUAUUUUUUUUCUAUUUUGAAACUGACUUUUUUUUAUAUAUAUAAAUACAUUUGUGGAAUAAAUAAGCUACAUUUUUUUUAAAAAAAAAA